GGUCGGUGAGCGCUUCACGGCUGGCUGAGAAGCACUGACCGAUGGACAGCUUUCAGGCUCCACCGGGGAUGACCAUCUCCCACCCAUCUCCUCCCGAGGUGGAGGCCAACGCGGCCUUGCGCGUGGGCGGCAUGGACUACUCGGGCGGCACUCAGCCGCAGGGAGCGUCGGGAUGGGACAACGUCACCGUCGCCCCGCCGCCACACCCACACCCACACCCGCCGCCCGAUGCACACGCAUCUCAGGACUCGGGAGUGGAGCAUGGUGGCCAUCAUGGAGCUCAUGGUGGUCAUCCGCAUGAGCAACAGAAGCAGACUGACGACGGGUCGUCGUACGGACAGACGGCGCUAUAUUUCGACUCGACUGCCAUUGCUCCGCCACCGGGGUGGGUGAGAGGCAGAGAGAGGGAGGGAUGGGGAGACAUCCAUCGAUGUGUGUCUGUGCUGUGUGUGUGUGGGUGAUCUUGUGUGCAUAUAGGAUGGAGGGCGAGCCGGUCAAUGUGACUGUGAAUGUUGGUGUUGGUGUGGGCGGCGUGACUGGCGACUUUGGGCAGAUGGGAAGCAUGGGCGACGUGCUGCUGCACACCACUGCUACCAAGCAGACGGACGCCGGCUUCGGGGCGGGAGGACUCAACAACGGUGAUGAGUGAAACCAGAGCCACAUCCCUCCCAUCCAUGCCUGUGUGAGUGUGUAUGUGUAUGUGUCUGUGUCUGUUUGUGUGUGUGACGGUGUGGGUGCAGUUGACAUGAGCGGCGGUCCAAUGUCGAUGGAGCAGCUGUGCCACCAGACGCAGACCUUCAUCGACAGCCAGCAGGCGCAGCAGGCGUCACAGCAGGCCCAGGCCUCUCAACACGACAACACGCAGCCCCCACCUCCCCCGCCACCACCACCACCGCCGCCACCCCCACCUCCACCACCUAUUGGUCAGCCCAGCCGCCUCACACACACACAAGCAUGCAUCCAUCCAUCCAAGUGGCUUGGUGGUUUGUGUGCAGACAGCGUGUCGUCAGUGGGAGUGGGGGGGCAGCGAUACCUCCCGCCCCAGCCACACGACUGUGCCUCUUCGUCGGUGGAGCUGAUGGAGGUGCAGCGCAAGCUCGACGCUGUGCUGAGGGAAAACUCUAACCUGCAGAGACAAGUAAGAGGCCCCUCCUCGCUCGAAGACACACACAGGCAUUGUGUUGCUGUGGUGUCUUUGUGUGUGUGUGUGUGUGUAGGUGGAGGAGUAUGAGGUUGAGCUGCAGCACGUCCGCAUGUCCAAUGACGGGGGCGACUGGGGCGGGUACGGGUCGAGGGAGAAUGACCGCAACCUAUACGACGAGAUCGCACACUGGAGACAGAAACACUACGAAGUGAGCUGAGCUGAGCUGUGGGAUGAGCGUGGGGCGAGUGGCGACUGGCCAGGGAGUGCAUUCGUGUGUGUGUGUGUGUGUGUGUCUGCGCAGAUAGAGAAGGAGAAGAAGGAUCUGGAGCGGGAGCACCGCACCACAGUCCAACAACUCACCCACCUGCUCGGUACGCUCACACACACACACACACACAUGCACACCCAUUGCGAUAUAUCGGCCCCAGAGCUGUCAUCGGCCCCUGACGGCGCCGCACCACAGCAACAACAGCACCAACAGCAGCAGCAGCAACAGCAGCAGCUAGGCCACCCGUCCCCCCCAGCCACGCUGGCCACACCCAUCGGACGCGUCCAAGCCGGCAACAGACAAGGCAACGAAGGUAUUCAUGCUGAUGUGUGUGUGUGAAUGCUCUCAUUCUCGUGUCGUGGUGUGGCUCAGAUGUUGGCGAUGCGGCGUUGUCUCGGGAGUACGCCCAGAUCCAGCAGUGGUACGCCGAGCUGGCCAGGAAGUUCCAAAGGGCGCAGCAGCAGAUCGCCGACAAGAACAGGUGGGGACCUUCACCCCUCCCUCCCUCCCCAACCUCACGCAGAGAAAGAAUGUGUGUGCCUGUGUGUGUGGGGGGGUGGGUGGGUGCAGGGAGCUGCAGACGUUGCGCGACGACAUGAGUAUGGUGGAGGAGCAGAACCGGCAGCUGUCGGAGCAGUACAAGGAGUCGUUCAACUCGCUGGAAGACGUCAGGAGCCAGCUCGUGGCUAAGGUACGCACGAGAGCGAGCCGUCCAGCCCACACACACCCACACCCAAACAUCCACCGCACACACACAGUCUGCAUGUCUCUCUCUCUCUCUCGGGCGUGUGUGUGUGUGUAGGAGUUGGAGUACAUGAAGCUGCAGCGAAAGCUCUACGACAAGAACGGUGAGAUGCAGCAGAUGAGGGAGCAAAUCGUGCAGAGGGAACAGCAGAUCGAACACGUCAGACAAGGUAUGGUAAUCUAACCCCCAGCCCACCCAAAUCCAGACACACAGAGAGAGAGGGAGAGAGAGAUGCCUGUCAUUACACAGAGAUGGCCGAGACCACCCAGAAGUUCGCUGCCUCAUACUCGCAGAGACGAGUAGAGGUAUGCAAGAGUCCAAACACACACACACACACACACACGUGUGUGUCAUUCUCCCUUCUGCUGCAGGAUUUGGAGGCCUACAUCCGGCAGCAGGCCCUCUCGCACCUCGAGACGCAGGCAGAGUGGUCACGACAGAUCGGAGAGAUCAAAUCGCAGGCAGAGAGAAAACUCGAAAAGGUCCGCCCCACCCUCCACCACCAUCCCCGUCAACACACCUCACUCACACACGCCCACAUGUGUGUCUGUGUCUAUGUGAAGGUGAAGCGGGAGAAGGAGGAGUGCGAGCGCCUUGCGGCCACCGACCGGGCCAGUCUCACGCAGCAGAUCAACCAGGCCAAGGCUGAGCACCCUCAGCAAGACCAGCACCAGCUCACAUCCACGACACACAAGCACCAGCCCCACCAGACCACGGCUGCAACAUCUGCCGCAGACCAGCAGCAGACGACGAGCUCCAAAACUGCGACUGCUUCACCCGCUGCUGCACCCGCUGCAGCUGCUGCAAGCGCCUCAGAGCAGCAGCAACAGCAGCAACAGCAUCAGGAAGGAGGCGACACAGGUAAGCCGCCCUCUCCCCUCUGCCCUCUCCCCACACCACAAUGGUGUGUGUGUGCCUUGCCUAUAGGUGCGUCGCGUGAGGCGGCAGCCGAGUUGUGGGCGGCUCAGCUGACGCAGGACGAGUACAAGAGGGUCUACACCCGGUGGCAGGAGGCCGAGGAGCGCAUCGUCACACUCGAGAACUACGUCAAAGCCAUGGGCAGGGACAGACCACCACAGCCAGCAGCACCCGCAAAGCCGUCAGAGGGUGACGGGAGUGAGGGAGAGGGCGAGAGUGCCACUGCGAGUGCCGGUGCCGCAGCAGCGCCGAAAGGGAGACGGCGAAGGAGACGGCGGCAUGGCGAUGGCGGUGCCAGUGGUUCUGGUGGUGGUGCGGCUGGUGGUAGUGCGGCAGGUGCUGGUGUGUGCGCCGAGACUCAGACGGAGGCAGAGGGCCUGGAAGAAGAAAACAAGAAGCUCCGGUGCGUACCUUCACCACAGCCACGUCAUCUCUCUCUCUACCUCUCUCUCUCUCUCUCUGAUCUCUGUCUGUCUGUCUGUCUGAGUGUUUCAGGGACCUGGUGCUCUCUGGCGUGUCUGAGACGCUGGACCACCAGUCCACCCACGCCGCACAGAUCACCUCUCUCCAGACCAAGAUGGCCUCGCUCGACCACGCGUGCCAGACCGCCCUCUCCCUCCUCAACGACGCCAUACGAACCGCAAAGGCCACUCAGGCACAGCAGCAGCAGCAGCAGCAGCAAGAAGACACCGAGCAGGACGGCACACAAGAGCUGCAGCAGCAGCAGGAGCAUCAGGAUGAAGUGAAGAAACUGAGCGCGUCGCCCCUUGCCCUCCCGGCAUUUUAUCACCGAGAUGGUGGCGGUGCUGCUGGUGCCGCCGGUGGUGGUGGUGGUGGGGCUGUCGGGCUGAAGGGAGACGUGACCGUGCCAGCGCGGCUGCUCAAGGACCUGCAAGACACCCUGCAGGGUCGUGCUGAGUCUUCGGCACUGAGCCCCUCUGCCACCCCUUUGUGUCGGUCGCCGUCGAUCGUGCAGCAGCAGCAGCAGCAGACACUCACCCCAUCGGCAGCGAGGAGCGCUUCAGAGAAUGGGGGCGUCCCAUCUGCCGUCCUGGCCGUUGCCAGCGCUGGUAUGGGCUCACACACACACAGAGGGAGAGAGGGAGAGAGGUCCACACCUCCACAGACAUACACACAAAAGUGGGACACACACGUGUGUUUGUGGCUGUGUGUGUGUGUGGGUAUAGGCAUGAGCACCCCUGGUGGCAGCGGUGUGCCGUCUCAUGUGGAUGCGCAGCAACGGCGGAAGGCGCAGCGGCUCGCGGAGACCGCCGAACAGACCAAGAAAACCGUCAACGAGUCCGCCAAGAAGGUCGGCAGACACACACUGACACACACAGCCGCCCAUCCACCCUCUCUCUCUCUCUGUGUGUGUGUGUGUGUGUGUGUCAGGCCGACGAGCAGCUCUCCCGCUCUCUCAGCUCCAUCCAAGCCACCUGGGCCAAACUCGGUCUCGGCAAUCUCGCGCCUACACCCUCGCCAACACAGACACAGACACCGACACCGACACAGCAGCAAGAAGCCAACGGCAGCACAAGCAGCAAGGAGCAACAGCAGCAGCAACAAUCCGGAGGCGGCGGCGGUGGAGUGUUCCUGACGAUGCAGUCCCAGCAGGAGCUGGUGGAGUGCGUCAGGGGCGUGUUCGGGUGUGUGGUGGAGGGGCGGGGUGAGCUCAAGAGCGUGCCGGAGAAGCUGGGGGGACUGGUGGAAGCGGCCGUCAAGAUCAGGUAGGUGCCCCCCCCCCCCUCCCCCACACACGCGCACACAGAUGAGACGAAGCCAGAAUGGCCCGCUGCCUGUGUGUGUCUGUGUGUGUUCGACAGCCAAGAGCUGCCAGGUUUUGUGCCGGGCUCUCUGUUGACCCGCGCGCAGGCCACGUCGAAGGUCAACGAGCAGAGGCGCGCCUACCAGGUCAGCACACACACACCGAGCAAACGUGGCUGCAGAUCUUUCUCUCUAAUUGUGUGCCCCCCUUGUCGCAGGUGGAUCUGUUGCAGCGGCAGCUCAAGACGCUCACCCAGCGCCUCACCGAAGCCCAGCACAAGGCGUGGCAGGCCCAGCGAAUGAUCCGCUCCUCCACCCCGCCGCCAUCCCUCUCCGCCAGCCAGUCGCCCAAACACCACAGCCACCACCACCAGCACCACCACACACAGCAGCAGCAGCAGCAGCAACAACCAGAAGAGCAAGAAGACCCUCCCCUCCACCAGCUGCACCGCUCCGAGAGCAUGACGCAGCUGCCAUCAAAGCCCCGAGAGAGCAUGAUUGCCCUGGGGAUGGGCAGCGAGUUUGUGAGGGAGCGGCGGGAGCGGCUUCAUGGUGAGGCGAGAAGGGGCGAGGAGGGAGCCAAGGCGCUGGUGGACAGGAUUGUGGAGCUGGAGGACGAGCUGCGGUCCUACCAGGUGCGUGGCUAUCUUCGGUGUGUCCUCCUUGUGUGCAGUGCAUUGUCUCUUUCUGUGUGUGGCCCAUGUUCGAACGGACAGGACGAUCGUGAGAUGAUGCGUCGUGAGUCGGGUGUGCUGGAGGGCUUCCAGCGGCAGCUCGUCGACGCCAAACUCAGGUCGGUGCGAUGGCCGGCACACACAUACACACACACACACACACAGAGGCAUCCAUAAGCUUUGGCUGCCUCACUAUCGCUGUGUGUGUGCAGGGAGUGGGACGCCCGGUUGGCCGAGAAGGCGGCGCUGGAGCGAUUGGGCAAGAGAAGUAAGACCAUUGCAUCCACGUGCUGCCGUUCUUGUAGGCUUGUCUGUUGGUUGCAGGCGAAGAAGGUCCCUCCACAGCCACAGUCACGGUCACGGCGUCACUCUCUCCUCCCCGCGCCGCCCCACCGCCCGCCCCAGCCCCUGCAAGCACAGCACCACGAUCAGCAUCACCUCCGGCACACACAGAGGAUAUCCAGCAGCAGCAGCAGCAGCAACAGCAACAGGGUGGUUUGAGUGCUGACAAGGUGGUGGUUCCUACACCAUCUUCACCACCUGCAGCAGGAGCAGCAGCAGCGGCAGCAGUGCCGUUCAAGGGCCUGCUUGCUGCCGGCACCCAGGGCAGCAACGAUAGCACUACACCAGCACCAGCAGCCGCUGCCACAGCAGCAACUGCGUCAGCUGCAGGUGUUCCAUUGCCAUUUCCGGCGUACCAUCCCACAGCGGCCGCGGCCGCGGCCGCCAUGAUGGCCAGCCCCCUGCAGCAGCAGAUGGCCAUGGCCAACUUGGCCAACAUGAACACGAUGAACCCGCAGCUGGUCAACGCCCUGGUGGCGCCAUGGCAGCUCAUGGCCCUCAACAACUACAGCAUCGCGACGAUGGCAUACCAGCAGGCACAGGCACAGCAGACUACGGCGGCCGGCGCCCCACCAUUGCCCCAGACACACCAGCAGCAGACACAGCAGCAGGCGGAGAGCAGCGGCGGUGACCAAGGCCAGCAGCAGCAGCAGGACGAGACAGAGGGGGGCAAGGGUUCUGAUGGUGAUAUGUAGCGCAAAGGAGAGAGAUAUAUUAAAAUGAGAGAUGGAUGUGUCGUCAUAUUUGUGAGGGAGGAGGGUGGGAGGGAGGGAGGGGGCACCCCCCCAUCCGUCCAUCAAGAUUUUCGUGCUUGGGAAGCGACGCGCCGAUUCAAAGGCUGGUUGUCGAACUGUCGUGCUUGUGCGGAAGUAAGUAGGAGGACCAGCGAGCGAUCGAGCGAAUCGGCGCUUCUUUGCCGUGCCUGUCAGCCUGCUACGGUGAAGGAAUGAACGAGCUUGAAUGCGAUGCGUGUGUGCAGUGCGUGUGGAUGUGGGCACAGACAGACAUCCUUCCACACAGAGAGACAAGGAAGGACAUUUGUGUGGCUGGCUGACGUUGGUUAUGUGGGUGGGCUUUAGUACUAC